UGUCAUUAGCUAGCUAGCUAAGAGAUGCGCAUUUAUUUUAAGGAAUAGAGUAACUGCGGUCACCAUUAACAAUGUGAAUUAUCUUCUACAUCACACAUUUAAAAGUCUGAUUUGAGAUUAGUAGCUAAACACUUUUUUGUUUAACAAAACCGCUGUUUUUAACGAUCAGAUUUAACGAAGUUCUCCGGGAGAAAAUGUUAGCUAACUUGAGAAGAUACUUUUUUGCUUUGAUGGUAGCCUAUACCUAGCGAAAAACAGGCUUUUGAGCUCAGGCAUCUUUCGGAGAGGAUUAUCCAACAUGAAAGCAGCAGGAAAACAAGCGCAGCAUGAGAGAUGACUGACCACGCAGCAGCUUGGAACAAAUGACAGAAGAUUACACAUGCUGGGCUUGAGAAGAUGCCAGCAGCUGAAAAUGAACCUAAUUUGAUUACAUUUGAGAACUGAAAGAUGCUGGAGAUUGGUUUCCCUCCAAUGGAUUCCUAAAGUUGCUCCAGGAGAAUCGGCCUCAACAAUUUUACUGAAGGAUCUCUUGGUGUAAGUCAGCGAGUGGGGGGCCAGGAUGUGGCCCCCUGACCUCGGACCUCCAGACGUCCAGCUAACUCUUCCUGGUUUUGGAAGUGUGUUUGAGGAUGCGGAAGACCUUCAGGCGCCACUAUCUUCUGGUGGCUUUUGUCAGUCCUCCAUACCUUCAGGUGGUCAGGGUGUGUGCUGUCUUCCAAGGUCUUCCCUGUCCCUGUCCUCGCUGGGCCGGGACCUCACUUCCCUGCUCAGCUGUAAGACCGUUGGAUCCCACAUAGAAAAGCCUAUGGAAGACUCAGCGCACACAGACCCUAAAAACAACACCGAAAAGUAUAGCUGUUACCCCCAGCCCUCCCUCUCUUUAUCCUAUGUGCUCACUAGCCGUGCCACUUCGCCCCCUUUUGGCUCGCCACCCUCCUCUCUUUCCUCUUCCUCCUCUUCAUCAGCUUUAUUUUUUACCUCUUCCUUGCCUCUUUCUGAUGCACCUGGUGGCAACAAGACUUCGAAUCUACAACAAAAGAUACAGGAGGAGUGUCACUCAAUAAAGCAAGAGCCUGCAGAUGAUUUCUCGGCAUGUAAGAGGGAACCAUUUCAAGUUAACAACCAGCAAGGGGAGCUGUUUUAUGUGGACCAGGCCCUCCAAGGUCAGGACAGCACCUCACUUAAUUACCCAAGGCUUAACGGACCCAUAGGCCACAACCCCACAGUGGACCAACAGGACCAGCCAUGCCAUUGGAUCGACUGUAGUGCCACUUACAGCAGCCAGGAGGAGCUGGUGAGGCACAUCGAGAAGGUGCACAUCGACCAACGCAAAGGGGAAGAGUUUUCCUGUUUCUGGUCCGGCUGCGUGCGACGCUACAAACCCUUCAAUGCUCGCUAUAAGCUGCUCAUCCACAUGAGGGUCCACUCUGGAGAAAAACCCAAUAAAUGCAUGUUUGAGGGCUGCUCCAAGGCGUUUUCACGUCUGGAGAACCUGAAGAUCCACCUGAGGAGCCACACAGGAGAGAAACCGUACAUCUGCCAGCAUCCUGGCUGUCUCAAGGCCUUCAGCAACUCUAGUGACCGGGCAAAACACCAGCGCACACAUCUGGACACGAAGCCGUAUGCCUGUCAGAUCCCAGGAUGCACCAAACGCUACACCGAUCCCAGCUCGCUACGAAAGCACGUCAAAGCUCAUUCAGCCAAAGGCCUUCAGGAGAGGGAGGUCAAGGUUCAGGUGCACACAAUGCUGGAAUCGGACAUAUUGAGCGACUGUCUGGCAAGGAAACAUCUCCACCAAGGAAGCGGUUCACCUUUACCCAGCCUAGAUGACUUCACAGGUGCGUACUCAGACAGCAGCUCUGUCCACAAUCGGACAAAUUUGGAGUUUCUCCCUCCAUCAGCAAACACCUGCUCGAGGUAUCGAAGCUUGGAGGGAAACGCCAACAGCCCAAUAUCUUCAAUUACAAGCGCAGGGAGGAUUCGAGAGGGGAACAGACCCACAUCGUUGUUCAUGCCCACUGACGUCAACCCCAUGAGCUCCUCAUCAGACAGAGGGGACGUCCAGCUGCAGGGUUACCACAAAACCUACCACCACCAACAAGUAUUCUCACAGCAGCAAGGAUGUCUGUACGGAGAAGGAAAGGUUGUUCAACCAGUCAGCGAAGAAGGCUUCGAACCUGCUAGUUACUUCACAACCUCGUGCGCAUCGCAUUCCACAGGGUUCGACUUGCUGCAGGACCUGCAGGGCCAGGCCGGGGCCGGUUAUUCCAUGUCUCCCUGCUCAGACGACAGCUUCCUUUUCCAGGCGGGAGGCGUCGACCGCUGCCUCAACCAGAUCUACUCCAUCUAUCUGGACUCAUGAUGACCCACCCAGGACCAAAGCAAACUGAAUCAGUAAUCACUUUGUUUUCCUGAGAACAGAAUGCAGCUUGUAUGAUGUGUGGCUGCAGACAAUCACAACAAUAUACUGUUUAUGCAAGGCUGAAGUUGAAAUGUUCUUCUUGACAGAAAAUAUGUCAGGGGGAGUUUUAAUGGUACAAACAAGAUGUAGAAUUGACUAGAGGCAGAGCGGCCGGCAAAGAGGAAAUCUGUUCGGAUUAUAAAUGUGAACAGCAAGUGAGUUUUUUUUUAUUCAGAGAUGGUCACAGCAUUUGUGAGAUGGAUAGAAUGAGCUAUGAACUUGUAUUUGCUGGUUUGAUCUGUUGGGAAGCCGUGUAGUUAGCUCUCUGGCUCUAGUGACGUUAAACUCUGCCUUCGAGGAAAUGUGAAAACAGCAAGAGAAAUUGGUAAACCAUGCAAAGAGGUUAAAACUGGGCUGACGUGAAAUGGUAUCAUGGCCAGAAAGAUAAGUGUAAUUCCCCAAAAGUCAAACUAAUCCUUUAAGGUUGUAGCAUGUAACCAUGCCAUACUGAGAAACCUCCAACUGUAAUUAAUUUACUUGUUGCUGCACAGAAGGGAACUGCAGUAGAACCUGUAGCAAUGCUGCCACCCAGUGUCUGAAUGACUGUAUAUAAAUGUACUUUACCGUCUGUGGUCACAGAUCAGUGUUGAUGACUCCUGGGACUUAAAACUGACACACAAAAACAACAGAAACUGCACUAAAAUGUGUCUAUGAUUUGUCUGUCAUAGACUGAAUGGUGCCAACAAAUCGGUUCAAUAUAUGUAAUCCAACAAUGAACAAGACAAUAUCGUAAUCUUUUUUUUAUAUAUUGUCUCUUCGGUUCCCUUUACAUGUUUGUUGUAUCGGUGUUCUAUUCAGUGAGAGGGAGGUGUGCAUUGUUUACAAUAACUUCUCUGCACUCUACUACACAGUCUCAUCACAGAGAAAAUUACCAACCAAAUGUUUACACUGAUUUUGUAGCAAUUCAGAGAUUUUCUUAUUGGUGUCAUUGAACAGUGUAUAUAGACUGUGUAAAAAUGCUCCUGUCUUUUAUAUCUAAAUAAAUAAAUUGCUUUGUAUA